AUGUAUCCCGAAAACGAGGACCUCAGAGAGGGGUUGACUCAAUUGCUCGAAAGCGGAGAAUCUACUGACCUGAUAGUUCGGACUGCUUUGAGGCACAUACCUGUACAUAAGCUUAUUGUCUGCGCUCAAUCACCAGUCUUGAAAGCAAUAUGUACAAGCGGGUUCAAAGAAACAUCUAGCAACAUCAUUGAUCUCACGGAUGACAAGUCAGAAUCGAUUGAGCGCCUCGUACAUUUCUUCUAUGAUGGUCAUUACUACGUUACCGAGGAGGGUCCAGGAACAGUCGGGGAGGUCGAGUUGAACCUAUCGGAGCACAUCGAAAUGUAUGCACUAGCCGACAAAUACGACAUAGAUGGGCUGAAAAAAGCUGCGAUACAGGGUUAUAAGAUGACGCUUGACCUUGCAACAGGCAGAGAGACAAUAAGACAGAAUAUAAGAAAAGCCCUUCUCACUACGCUGGCGAAAGUAUUCGAGUCAACUCCAGAUAGCAGCAGAGGACUUAGGGACGCGGCGAUUAUGCACAUCAUCUCCUUCGCAGACGACGUUGUCUCUGACCAGAAGCUCAAGACGCUCCUGUAUGAGAGGUGUCAAGAAAUACCACACCUCAGUUGGGCCAUCAUGUGCGGAAAGGCUGGCAACUUUUGUCUGAGCUGUAAAAAUACCGGGCAGACUAAAUGCCCUGAGUGUGAGCAGCAUGAAAAGGUGCAGAAGGCACGAAGGCACGAAGCAGAGUGGCACGAAGGAGGGUUGCACGGAGGAUGGGGAGAAUGA